AUGGGCAACGCAACAAGCAACAGGAAAACGAGGCUCAGCGAACCUGACAACGGCUCAUCGGCCUGUGCUGAGACAAAUACCAACCCUCGCCUGGCUAUACUACCCGACUCGUCCAAACCUCCUCUUCUCCUGCUCGAUACUACGCCAUCCAUCAUUUUACCCCCAUUUCUUGCACUCAAUAGCAGACCAUCGCGAAAACAGAUAUCAAGUCGUGUUAGAAACCCCGCAUUCAUCGUCAUCGUCGUCGUGCUUCUCAGAAUAUUCGUCGACUACUACUUGGCCCGCCCACACCAAAGGAACACUGGCGACUGUUUGGCACACAACACAAAACCCGACACCAGACUUCUUCUUUUUUUUUUUUGCCCUCUCAACUCAUUCACACCAUUCCGCUGCCCGGCAAAAAAUUACGCCAAGUCUCGGACACCCGCGUUUGCACGAGUUCCCGACAGCUCUCGUGGGGCGAACUUGCUAACUUGGUCGACCGCCCGCAACUUCAGCUUCGCCAUGAGCACCAAGCGUGCCGCCGCGAGGGGCGUCAAGCUGCCUCGUCGCGGGGCCCAUGCCGACGCGCUCGACAAAUUACCCCCUGAGCCAACGGUCGCGCAGCUCAAUGACGCCGCCAUUGAGGUGUCGCUCGCCGAUCUCGAGGAACGCGUGGCCGACGUGCGUGACUCGUGGGAAACGGAUUCGCUCUUUGAAGACACGUUUGAGGCUAUUGCUGAGGAGAGCUCAGCUUCCUCGUCCACAUCUACCAACAGCAGCGAUGCCUGCACGCCAGACGAGGCGAACCGCCUCCGCAGAGAGCUGCGCGAGCAGGGGCCCGCCGUCUUUUGCCAGCGGACCGUCGACGCCGGCCGCUACACGGCCAAGAAGCUGCUGACGGCCUUUGGCAUUAAGCCGCCCGCCUUUCUCGAGGGCGAGCCCGACGUGUCGUACUACAGCCUGUUGUCGCUGGCCAUUACUCGCGAGCUCUCCAAGCGCGCCAAGAUUGCCCGCUACAAUAGCGUCGAGGACGCGGUGCAGCUCAUCGCCCGGAGCGCGCACAUUGUCAUCAUCACCGGCGCCGGCAUCUCAACGUCGCUCGGCAUCCCCGACUUCCGCUCCAAGGGCACCGGCCUCUACGCCAAGCUCGCCCACCUCGGCCUCGGCGACCCGCAAGAGGUCUUUGACAUUGACAUCUUCAAGGAGGACCCCUCCGUCUUCUACUCGGUCGCCAAGGACAUCCUCCCCGCCACGGAGCGCUACACCCCCACCCACGCCUUCAUCGCCAUGCUGCACCGCCGUGGCAAGCUCCUCACCAACUACUCACAGAAUAUUGACAACCUCGAGGUCAAGGCCGGCGUCCCCAAGGACAAGCUCAUCCAGUGCCACGGCUCCUUUGGCACCGCCUCGUGCGUCCAGUGCGGCUUCCAAACCGCCGGCGAGGUCAUCUUCCCGGAUAUCCGCGCCGGCGUCAUCCCCAAGUGUCCCCGCUGCGCGCAGGCGGCCGUCGCCAGCCGCGCCUCCUCCUCGGCCAAACGCCGCCGCACCGCCGCCGCCGAGCGGAAGCGCCGCCGGUGGUCCGCCGACAGCUCCGAAGACGACAACGACGACAACAGCAACCACAACGGGUCCUACGACCUGCCCGGCACCGGCGUCAUGAAGCCCGACAUCACCUUCUUCGGCGAGGCCCUGCCCGACGAGUUCUCCCGCCGCCUGACGGAAAACGACCGCGACAAGGUCGACCUCGUCAUCGUCAUUGGCACCUCGCUCAAGGUGACGCCCGUCUCCGAAAUCGUCAGCUGGCUGCCCUCGCACAUUCCCCAAAUAUACGUCUCCCGCCAGCCCGUCACCCACAUCAACUUUGACAUUGACCUGCUCGGCGACUGCGACGUCGUCGUCGCCGAGCUCUGCCGCCGCCUCGGCUGGCCGCUCGACCACGAAAUGGUCGUGCCCCCGGAACAGCCCAUCCUCGUCCGCACCGAGCCCGGCUUUCCGAGCCAGCACACGUUUACGCUGCGCGUCCCCGAUGGUCCCGAGGAGACCGGGGAAGCGAACAACAAUGGAAAGCUAAAGGACAAAAGCACAAAGUUCAUCACGUCAUCCUCUACCUAA